AGAGAGAGAGAGAGAGAGAGAGAGAGAGAGAGAGACAAAACAGUGGAAGCAAUAUCCGUAGCUGUGUGUACAACUCGAAACCUGUAAAAUGAUUUGGUUCAGUGGGUCCAUACCAGAUGCCAUUAGUUUGGCGAAACAGAGGAAUUUUGUCUUUGUCAUCGUGAUCAUAGGUGAAGAUGAGCAGUCAUCAAACCUGAUGUCCAGCUGGGAGGACGACAGUGUCUCACAGACGGCUCAAAAAUGCUGCGUGGCCAUUCAAGUGGACGCCAAGAGUGACACUUGUGUGCAGUUCUCCCAGAUCUAUCCAGUGGUGUGCAUUCCCUCAAGUUUCUUUAUUGGGGAGAAUGGUAUUCCUUUGGAGGUCAUUGCUGGCAGCGUGUCUGCCGAAGAACUACUGAUUAGAAUCAACAAAGUACAACAGAUGCAUGCACAAAGAAUUGACACUGGAAUGGUGUCACAAGAGACAGCUGCUACUAUGAUGCCCAGUACAACACAACCUGGAAUGGCUCCUUCGGUGCACCUCGCAUCACCAGAAGCAUUCACGAGGCCCUCUGCAGUGGAAGACUUGGAACCUCAAGUGGCAACUAAACCUGCGUGUAGCCAGUCAGCUAUGACUACUGCAGCGAGUGAAAAUCCAGAUCGUACAGAUUUAUGCUUUAAGAAUGAAGAUGUACAAAGGCAUCAGCAAAAGAUGACGCUGGAGGAUAAGAAGGAGAUCAGGAAGCCAAAGGAGCAGCCGAAAAUGUCAAAGGAUCCGCACAAUUUAAAGAGGGAACAGGAAGAGGAAAAGACCAAGCAAAUCCUGGAAGAGAGAAACCGAGAGCGAGAGAUGGAUAGAAAUGCCAGGGAGCGGGUCAGACAACAAAUCGCUUUGGACCGUGCUGAAAGAGCAGCCCGUUAUUCCAAAUUCCAAGAUCAGAAGGCUCAGCAAGUUGCACUACAAGCCCAACAGGCAGCGCAGGAAGCAAUAAAGGGUACCUCUCUGAGGUCGAGGAGUACCACCACAAGGCUUCAAUUUCGACUCCCUGAUGGCUCAUCCUUCACCAACCAGUUUUCCUCACAGAGCAAACUUCAGGAAGCUCAUCAGUUCGUAAAACAGGAAAUUGGAAACCGCUUUGGCAACUUUUCCAUGGCAACCGUGUUCCCGAGAAGGGAAUUCACCAGCGAAGACCUUAAUAAGACUUUAUUGGAGCUGGAACUUGCUCCAAGUUCAUCCAUUGUACUUCUGCCUUGUGGCAGGCCUGCUUCUACUGUUGUCCCAUCCACCGGUGGAAUGUGGGCAGUCCUGAGCACACUCUUCUACCCUGUUCUCACUGUAUGGCGAUUCCUCACCUCCUUCAUGUUUCCAACCCCACCACAAGAACCAUCAAGAAGCUCGCUUCCUCUAUCUCAGUCUUACGACGACAGAGCAACACUGGAUAACACUGAUAAACCAAAAAGGGAAUCUCUUUCCAGGCCUUUGACGAACCGUCCCAAGAACUUCAAGAAAGAUGGUAAAAUCUGCCAGCUCAGGGCUCAAGAGGACAGUGAGGAUGACAAUAACACCUGGAAUGGAAACUCAACCCAGCAAAUGUAGAUCUGGAAAAGAAGCUUUGUUUCUGUCCGCUCCAAUCCUAACAUCUCCGCCACUCUCAUCCUUUCCCAGAUGAAUAUUAUAAUACAGUCAUUCUAGAACAGGCUUAAUAUUAUAAUGCAGUCAUUCUAGAUCAGAGUUCACCAACAUGGUGCACCAGGUAGCCCCCAAAGACCACAUGAGUAGCCCGCCGGCUUGUUCGAAACAUAGCUCACCAUUGAUGGGACACUGAUUUUCAAGAAAUGUUGUCCAAGGAAUCAAUCAAAAAUGUCAACACAACCAGAGAUUCGGAGAAAUAGUGUUGCAUAAUUAAUGUUUCCUAAUUACGUGAGAAAUCAGUAACAUGACCAGUGUUUAUCCCAGAGAUGAAUGUCAUUAAUUAUUAAGAACAUACACGAAUAAUAUUAUUAUUAAAGGCAAUUUGAGCAAAUUUA